AUGAAAUUCCUUAUUUUAUUGGUUGUUUUGUUAACAAUAACAGGGAGAACCCAAGCUGCUCUAACAGCUGCAGAGAAAACCUUAAUUCUCAAUACUUUUAACGGAUGGAGAGAUAAUGGUUUACCAAUUCCAACCACUGAUCUUUCUACUUUGACUUGGAAUACCGCUUAUGAAACCAAUUUGCAGAACUAUGUGAACACUUGUGCCACCAGUUUUUCACCAUUCUCAAAGAGAGCCAGAGUAGCUGAAUUCGUUGUAACUUUCUCUGGAACUUGGAACCUCCAAGUAAUCUUGGACUACAUUGGAGGUACUACCGCCAAUUAUAAUUUCAACACAAAAUCAUGUGCCUCUGGAAAAUCUUGCUUACACGAAUACACUGUCGUUGCCAAAGGAAAGACAGCUGCAUGUGCUGUCAACAAGUGUGGUAGAACCUACCGUUUUCUAUGUGACUUUGAUCCAGUCGGACCAUACAGGGGAACCAUCAAUUGGCAAUCGAAAUCAACACCAGUCAGAGAUCAAGGUCAAUGUGGAAGUUGUUACAUCUUUGCUGCCAUUGCCAACUCUGAAGCUAGAUAUGUUAUCAAGACUGGUGCCAACCCUGCAACAGUCGAUUUCUCUGAGCAAGAAGGUUUGAACUGUAUCUCUGGUGGUUGUAACGGUGGUUGGCCAACUACAGUGUACAAUACCUUCAAGACCACUGGUUUUGGACCAGAGUCUGCCAACAAAUACACUGGUGUUCAAACUACUUGUACUCAGACUGCCACUCCACGUGUAUCCUUUACUGGUUUCACUCAGACUGCCAAAACCAAAGAUGCUUUAAUCGCUGCCUUACAGACUGGACCAAUUGCAAUCUCACUCCAAGCUGAUGGUGGUUUCCAAAGUUACAGAAGCGGUAUCUAUAAUUGUCCAACCAAAUAUACCUCUGUCAACCAUGCAGUAACAUUAACCGGUUAUGAUGAAGCAACUGAUUCCUGGUUAAUUAAGAACUCCUGGAAUACUUGGUGGGGUAUAAGCGGCUAUAUAAAAUUAACGGCAGCCAACGAUAACUGUAACAUUUUAGGUUACGCAUCUAGUUAUAUUAAUUAUUAA